CGCCGAGCGAGGCGCGGGGACUCCGGUGAGUGGGUCGGCUCUGGUCCAGGGGCGGAGGCCAGGGCGCCUGGGGUCCGGGAGGAGGGAGGGGUGGACACACCCAGGCCCAGAGACCGUGGGAGACAGGAUGCGGACGUCCGCGGGGACCCCACCCCCGACGACUCUGGACACGGACGGUGCGGAGACGCCCAGGGGACUCCCAGCAGAGGAAGGGCCAGACACGCGAAGGACGUGGGGUGCGGGGAGCUAGGGACCCGCAGACCCCGGGGCCACCGACGCAGUGGCCAACGGACGGACGCAGAAUUGGACUCAUGGAGGCCUGGAGGGACCCUCACGCCAUCUCCCCACCUAGCGCAGAGAGGAAUCCGCGGCUGCAUUUCGGAAGCGAAGAGAGGAGGUGGGCAGCGGGCCGGGCCACCCGCACCAUGGCCCGCUGCCGCCACCAUUCGGGAUACUUGGCGGACGACGAGGCGGGCCACACCGCGGCCGUGGCACGGGUACAGCCACCCAAGAAGCCACUGUUCCCGGAAAUGGGGCAAGCCUCCAAGCUGUGCCACAUGCCACAUCCACCGUCGACAUAUGGCCCCUCAGGCAGCUCAGGGCUCCGCGGCCACCGCCGAAACCCGAGGGACGCUCGGCCCUUUGGCAGCUUUCUGGAUUUCCUUGUCGAGGGCCAGGUCCUGGACAGCCUGCAGACGGUGGUAGAGGAAGCAACUGAGCGCAUGGCCACUGUGAAGACAGAGGCUGGGGUGCCGCUGGUGGAGGUGCAGGACCCCAUAGAGGUGCCACGGGGGGGGCGGCGGGUGCGUGCCCGGCCCAGCCUCAGUACCGUGCACCGGCAUCGUGCCCAGCCCAGCCUCUGCACCGGGUGCCCCAACAACUACCCAUCCUGCUCCAGCUCCAUGUCCAACUCCCAUAGCAGUUUCACACCCGGCUGGCUGGGCUCCCACGGCCGGGACAGUGACCUGGGGGCCCGAGGCUUGGGCCCACUGCCACCCAUGAGGGACAAACUCCUGCUAGAGAAGAACCUCAAACGGCUGCUGCGGCUGGAGAACAGAGGGAAAGGCCUGGGGCAGUCCUGCUCCCAGAGGAACUCUCUGCUCUGGGACUCGCUGGGCAGCCAGGCCAGCAGCCAGUGGACCCCGGAACAGCCCCUGUCCUGGUUCUCAGGCCUGCUGGGCUCGAGCUCGGGCACGCCUGAGGCGUCAGAGCUGGGAUAUAGAGAGCCAGAGCUGAUCUUCCUCAAGCGGGAGUUCAACAAGGAGAUCAAGUCCUUGCUAAGCCAGCCGGAGUCCUUCGACCUGCCUGGUUACUGUUCACUCCUCGAGCCCCAUCGGACCCUGGACUUCCUGGCCGAGCACCACCUCUUCCCCGCCUUGCAGAGUGUGGUCAGCCAGGCUGUGGAAAAGCUUAGCGGUGCCCGCCGCCACGAUGGCUGCCCUCUCUUCCCGUCAGAAUGGGAGCCCACCACACAGCCCAACUCUGACCCCACAGCAGGCUCCAAGCCAGCCACACCCACUGAGGAGGAGGAGCUCUGCGAUUCUCUCCCCACCACGCCCUCCAGCCUCAGGAUGGUUGGCAGAAAGAGCGCCAAAUACGGAGGACGGGGCAAACUCAAGGAAGGUGGUUCCCCUGUGUCUAGUGCCCAAGUAGCCACCAGGCUCAGGCUCAAGAGCCCCGAUCACAAGUUCUUGAAGAAGAAGCCGCUGCCCUCCAUCUCGUCCAAGUCCACCGUGUCCCACCUCUCCAGCCCCUGGUACGAGGAGCUCGUCACCUACUUGAUGGAGCAGUCUGUCUCCUUGCUCAUCUACAAGUACAAGUUUGAGAAGAACCUUACCAAGCAGCUGGGCUUCAUCUCCUUCCCUGUCACCGAGGCGCUCAUGGAUCUCUUCCUGGGCUUCAAGAAGGUGAAGGGCUCCCGCAUCCGCCUGUCUUCGAAGAUUGACUGGACCUGCCUGCUGCGCAAGCUGGAGGAGGAGGAAUGGGCCCAGCCAGUGUCCUGGCAGACCCAGCGAGACGCCUCCCACCGUGGCGCCUCCCAGUGCAGCACCAAGUCCCCCUCCAUGCUGCCCAAGCCAGCCGCUAACAUGGGCCAGGACGAGGCCACGGAGCCCGGCCUUGAUGCUGAGUUGGCGGGCCUUCAGUGGCUCACUCCUCAGGGGGAUACUACAGCUGAGGAGCAGGAGCCCACGAGCCCGCCGGGGCCCAAGCUCUCCGCGUCCUCCAGCACUGGCCUGGGAUCCAAGCAUUCUGAGCAGGCAGAGGACACGGAGGAGAGCCGGAGCAGUGAGGACGGUGAUGUGGAUGAUGACGAUGACUUCUUUGGGGACCAGGGUAAGCCCCAGAGCCCCCCCCCCAAGCCUCAAGUGGAGGUCAAGGUCAGCCACUUCACAGACGUGGGCCACGGUGACCCCCCGUGA